AAAAUAAUGAGUGCAAAAGUUGUUGAGAAUUAUUCACUUCUUGAAGUAAUAGGUUCUGGUCAAUAUGGUAAAGUGUACAAGGCAGUGAACAUAAAAAAUAAUAGUUUAGUUGCAGUGAAAGUAGUCAAAAUAGAAAAGUUUAAAGAAGUGCCAAAAUUGGAAGAAUUCACAAUGAAUGAAAUCCAAACAUUAGCUAAGAUUAAUAAUCCAUAUGUAGUGAAGUUUAUUGAAAUGCUUAAGAGCUCUCGUAAUUACUAUUUUGUUUAUGAGUAUUGUAAUGGCUAAACACUUGAAGCAGUUAUUUAGGAGCAAGGGUAAAAGUUUAUAUAAUAAGGGUUCAAACUGAAAAAGAAGCUUUAUGCUAUUUUAGACAAUUAGUUUAAGCAUUCUAAUCUUUAAUUUAAGACAAUAUAAUGCAUAGAGAUCUCAAACCAAGCAAUAUUAUGUUACAUAAUGGUUAAGUUAAACUUGGUGAUUUUGGAUUUUGUAAAGCUUUGAAUGGUCCUUAAGACUUAUCUUCAACUAUGGUUGGUUCUCCUAUAUAUAUGGCUCCAGAAAUAUUAAAAGGAUAAGAAUAUUCAAUUAAAGCUGAUCUUUGGUCUCUUGGAUGCGUUUUGUAUGAAUUAUUAUAUGGAAUCUGUCCAUUUGAAGAAAAAACUAUGGCUUAAUUGAUGUUAGCUGUUGAAGAGAAAGAAAUUUAAUUUUUAGACUAAGUUAAUGUUGUAUCUUAAACGACAAAGGAUUUAUUAUAAAAACUGCUUACAAAAGAUCCAAGUAAAAGAAUUAAUUGGAAAGAAUUAUUUGAAAGAGAAUUAACUUAUGCAGAAAGUAAUACAAAUGGUAAAUUUUUUAGGAAAUAAAACUAAUGAAUAACAUUCCAAUUAGAUUUAAUAAGAAUUAACCUUAAAUUCUUAAAGAAAUAAAGAAUCUAAAGCUUUUAAGUAUUUAUUGAUGGAAAGGAAUAAAAUAUUUUAUUUAUAUAAAGUUGUUGAAGAAGUAUUAGAAUUGAGCAAAGAAGAAGUUUUUUAUUAUUUAUAAUUAUUACUUUUAGAGAGAUGAAACGAGAGAAUCUUAGAGCGUUUAUUGCGGUUAUAUGAUAGUUAAAUAUAUAUGCUAUUUGAUAGAGAUGAUUAGAAUGAAUCUUGUUGAUAAAUUUGAUGUAUCUGCUUUUCCACAUCUUGCUAAAAAAUAGGAAUUAUAAAAUGAUAUCACCAAAACAUUUGAAUAUAAAAGUUUUUGCACUCUUAUUUAAAAAGAAGUUGAAACAGCUCGAAAGAUGUUUAAGCAUUUUUAGGAAGAAGCAGAUAAAUUUUAUAAAACAUAAAAUAACGGAUAACAUAUUUAUUAAGGAACAGAAUUCCAACAUUUUGAAAGUGAACUAUAAAGAGAAUUAUCUACAUCUGAAAUUUCUAUUACUUUUAUGAAAAAAAUUGUAUUAAAAUAUUGUGAAGAUUUAAAAAGUCAAUUUUUAUAAUAAUUUUUAGACAAGAAUCCUUAAUCGGGAAGCAAGUAAUCAAUUAAUAUAUUAAUUUAGAUAGUUGUUACACAUUGAAAAAACAUUAGAAUCCUUAAUUCUUGAUGAAUUUUUUGAAAAUUGUAUGGAUAUCCAAUAAAUAGAUCUAGAAUAAUAAAACUAUUUUACAAUCCUUAAUAAAUAUUCUAAAGCUGAUCUAUUAUAAGUCAUCACUAAUAAAAUGGACUAUAUAAGGCAUAAAUUAUACAAAUGA